AGGACCAGAUCAACAAGAGACCUAGCAUUACGGAAAGCACAAAUUGUUGAGAAGAAUCAUUACGAUGACUCUGACUUCUAAAUUUUUUUUCUGGAAGGAGAGCAGAAGAGCGUGGAGCUGACAAACAAAAUAAGUCUGGAAACUAACGCUUCGUUUUGGAAGGACAGACAAACGGACGGGUGCAUGAACAUUCACAGAGUAAACCACUGAACAGCACACAGACAGACAGGGGCAGAGUUAAACAUUAAGCAUUCAGACAGAUGAGAGCAGAGGUGCCUUAGUUCCAUAAACCUAGCCCUUAAGAAGAAUUGUCCUCCAAGAAAAAGCUGAGAUAUGGCAGAACCCCAAAUACUAGCCAGGAAUAAGCAGGAAGCACAGAAGCACAGCCUGGAUGAAGUGAUGGUCAGCACUGCCAUGCUAGAGCCCACCACACUGCAAUGGCCUGGGGACAAAGGGAGUGGGAAAGAGGGGGAGAUUAGAGGUGUGGCGUCCGAGAAAGUGAGCAUGGGAGGGGGAAAUGGUGAAGAAGAGGGAGGGAAGGGCAGCAUGGAGUCUGUGUCUUUGUCACAGAAGGGGCAGGACAGUCGCACUGAGAGCGCGAGAGAGCUGGGAGGAAGAGGGAGCAGGGCGGAGGAAGGAUGGGUAGAGACAGAGAAGAUGAGGGAGGCAGGAAUGAGGGAGAGGGGGACUAGGGGAAGUUUGCUAACAAGACUGGAGGAGGAUGAUGCGAUAAACUGGAUUCCAGAAAAAGCUGCCCAGGUCUUCAGCCCCAAAGUUAAGGUACUGCACCCCUCCUGUAAGUAUGAGUCCCCAGGAGGAAGUGUCACUCAUAGCUCAGGGAGCACAGAAAAAAGGCCCUUGCUUGGCCACCAGGGGACUCCACCUGAUGCCUACUACCCUGACUGGUCUGGAGAGGCAGAAUCGCCAAAAUCAGGUGGAUGCAGCAGUGGUGACCGCGAAACUCUGAAAGUUGGGGCGUUUGUGCUUGUAGCAGCCGUCAUCUUCCCCUUCCUUGUGUGGGGAGGAUAUGCCUUCUUGCCCUUUAACGCUCCUGUACUCAAAACCGCCCCCCUCAGGCUGGUCUAUACACUUCGCUGUUCCAUCUUUGCUGCUGUGCCUAUUGUUCUGGGUGUGCUGGUGCUGGGAGUGUCUCGGCUACGCUUCAGCUCGCUGAAGCCCCUUUAUGAGGGAAACGCAGGGAGCAGGGAGGUGGGCGUGCACCAGCGCUACAUCAACGACUCCAUCUCCCUCUUCCUGCUCUACUUCCUGCAGCUGGCGAUCAUGGCAUCCUACCUCAGCCAGGAGCUGCUCAAACUGGUGCCCCUGCUGACCAUUGUGUUUGCUUUUGGCAGGUUGGUGUUUUGGGUGUCAGCGGCUCUUGGCAGCAGCGUGAGGGGCGUGGGCUUUGGUUUGUCCUUCCUGCCCAUCCUGGCCAUGCUGGGUGCCAACUUCUACUUCGUCUUCACAAAAGAUGGUGCCAUCUUUGCCCUGGCACCCCCACCCACCCCCGCACCACCUCGAAUGAGGUGGUGGGGAUAGAAGUAGAAGGGACAAGAGGAUAGGACUACACUGAAAUUUGACUGGAGUCAUUAGCUACUCAGUACAGUGCGGUGCAUUAGACUGUGAUGGAGUCAGCUGUGCUGAACUUUCAUUGGAUUGCUUAUUGCUUAAAACGCCAGACUGAAACAGGUUGCACCUGAAAUGAGUUUAGCAGUGUCCAGCAAUGACUGCAGUGAAGUCAGUUGCCCAUUGCCAUGUGGUGUAGUGAUUAGCAUUGCAUUUCCUUCACAGCUAAAAAUUGGUAGCAUAAUGUGCAGUUUUUUCAAAGAAUAUACGGGCAAACCCAUUUUGCCCAUUACCUGCACUCAUCUGUGGCUGUGAUGGACAGGAUAGGAGCUGUAUAGUGAAUUAUUGUUUAUAGUCAUUUCUAAUUAGAGCCUAGUUGAAGACCUACUUUUGGAAAGACUAUACUAAGAGUAAUGAGAUGUUAACCUUUCACACUUAGAAGGCUCUUCUGCACUGUUUAAUAAUGUACUGUUAUGUUUACUUUGAUUUAGCGUGACCCUGUGCCAUUUCUGUGCAACCUUUCAGGUUGAUAUGUUCAUGAUUGUUUAUACUUUAACCACGUGUCGGUGCACAUCACUUGCAGACAUCUUAAUUGUUUCACAGCUGUGGCUAUCAGCCAGGUCAUCCUUUUACAAUACUCUGUACAUUAUUAAUUUAUUCAUACAAUGCAACUAAGCACAACACCAGCCCACUUACAGAGGAUGUUCUCUUCUGUGAAACCGUCCAGUGAUAUUUUCCAAUCCAUGUAUAUAUUUUAGCAUUUUCUAAUGUAAGCUUUUAUACCAAGAAAGCACUGUGGCUGAAACUGAGAAAAUGAAUAAAAUAGGUACACGUCUUGUAAAUCCAUUGCAUUUAUCUGCAGUGGUUUGGAAUUUUACUGUACUUAACCGUGACUUACACAAACUUUUUCCACAUUUAAUGUCAUUUAAUUUCACAUCAAUAAAAAUAAACAUAUUUAAAACUUUUUUGCCUAACAUAAAUUUCUUGUACUGAGUCAUCCAUUUCGCCAAAAAAAAAAACAAAAU